AAGCAGAAUUAUUUCAUAUUUCUGAGCUUGACGUUGGCUCUGCGGAUGGAUGCGGGGAGGAGGAGGGAGCCGAGGCUAUUUAAAGAGGGUCAUCCAGUCACGGAUAAAUAGCAGAAGGUCCUCCGCGCUGACUAACUGUCUCUAAAUGUUUUUUCAUCCGGCUCUGUGUGUCUGUCUGCGGCUUCAUGUGUCCAGACUGAGCCUCUGCUGACAGCCAUCCGACGACCAGCACUGCAUACAUCCCCUGCAAGGGUCUUUCGUGGUCGUUUUUACAAGGGGAUAUAAGUAUACUUGGGGGUAAAAAUGGGUAAAGAUUACUAUAAAACGCUGGGCAUCUCCAAAGGAGCCACAGAGGAGGAUAUUAAGAAAGCUUACAGAAAACAGGCGUUGAAAUGGCAUCCGGACAAAAACAAGUCUGCAUCAGCCGAGGAGAAAUUUAAGGAAAUCGCUGAAGCAUAUGAAGUGCUGAGUGAUCCGAAGAAAAGAGAAGUUUAUGACCAGUAUGGAGAGGAAGGUCUCAAGGGAGGAAACGGGCCCACGGAUGGACCGGGCAACACCUUCACCUACACCUUCCAUGGAGACCCUCACGCCACCUUCGCCACUUUCUUUGGUGGCUCCAACCCCUUCGAUAUGUUCUUUGGGCGUAAAGCAAACGGUCGAGACGACGACGACAUGGAGGUGGACGGAAACGACCCCUUUGGUUCCUUCAGUAACUUCAACAUGAACGGCUUCCCUCGAGACCCUCACAGUGGACCUGGAGGGCCACGCAGGAAACAGGACCCUGCCAUCAUCCAUGAACUGAGGGUCACCCUGGAAGAGGUCUUCCACGGCUGCACCAAGAAGAUGAAAAUCUCUCGCAAGAGGCUAAAUCCAGACGGCAGGACCAUGCGCAACGAGGAUAAGAUUCUCACUAUCGAGAUCAAGCGAGGCUGGAAAGAGGGAACCAAGAUCACGUUCCCGCGGGAGGGGGACGAGUCGUCCAAUACCAUUCCUGCGGACAUUGUUUUCGUCAUCAAGGACAAGCCACACCCUCACUUUAGGCGGGAGGGCUCAAACAUUGUGUAUCCUGUGCGUGUCAGUUUAAGACAGUCAUUGUGUGGAUGCUCUGUUACCGUGUCGACGAUAGACGGGAACUCGUGCAACAUGAAGAUCACGGACGUCAUCAAGCCUGGCAUGAGAAGGACUGUCGCCGGGCAGGGUCUCCCCGUACCCAAAAACCCAGAGCAGAGAGGAGACCUGGUGGUGGAGCUGGACGUUAACUUCCCCGACACGCUGCCCGGAAACGCCAAGGACGUCCUGAAGCGACAUUUACCUACUUAGGAAGAACAACAAGGACUAGACGAGAGAAAAAUAACACAUGACAGCCCUUUACACACACACACACACACACACACACACACACACACACACACACACACACACACACACACACACACACACACACACACACACACACACACACACACACACACACACACACACACACACACACACACACACACACACACACACACACACACACACACACACACACACACACACACACACACACACACACACACACACACACACACACUGAGAGUUCACAGAUAGACCCCCACAAUGAUUGUGCAAUUUCUACUUAAAUCUUUCUAUUUUUAGCAUAUUGGCAGAUAUAAUGUGUUGACGUAAAAAUUGGCCGAAAAGCAACAAAACUAAUUGUAACAUAGAAAAGCUUAAUUCAAGGCAUUCAUCUAGUUUUUCCUCCUGAAUACUGAGAAUUGUAUUAAGGUCUAAUAACCGACAACUUUGAGUCGUAGCACCCUAUUGUAAUCAACAUGAUUAUUGUAAUUAUAUAUAUAUUUAUAUAAUGAAUUGGUUUGUUCCCCCUAAUAAGUCUACAUUUUGAGGACAUUUUAUACAAAUAAAUUAAAUGUCCUGCUCAAUACAUUUCUUGGUCACAUUUCUUAAAACUUAAAACUGUUUAAUGUAAUGUAAAAAUAUCAUAUUGGCCUAAAUUAUCUGACAUUUUAAAACUGAAUUAGGAUGUGAGGAUUAAAGUUCACAGGUACGAGAUUAAUAGGCAAACACGUGUUAAUGUGUUUACAGUAAAGGACGUCCUAAAACGACAUGUACCUUCUUUGACAAGAACAAAGACUAAACGAGGGGAGAAAAGCAGUCGCCCACGUUAACAAACCCACACACACACACACACACACACACACACACACACACACACACACACACACACACACACACACACACACACACACACACACACCACACUGAGAUUUCACAGAUGGAACCCCUGCGACGAAUGUGCAAUUUCUAUUUCUAUUUUUGAGCUAUGCGGUGUUUGUAUGAAUACCAUGCAUGCUGCCGAGUUGAUAUCAGUGCAAGACAUGAAAGAUUGUCUGGAUUGUUGAUAUCUGAAAGAAACACACUUUAUGUAUGUGGCAACAAUCACUUUAUCGUUUUGUUUGUUGAAAUUUUUUUUGUAGUGAGUCUACAGUUGCCAGAAAAAUGAACAUAACUGGAGUGCUUAACUUUUUUCUGACAGGCUUCAUUACUGACAUUUUUACUUGUAAUUCAGUGUUUAUUUUGUCGUGUAGUAGAGCUGCAAUGAUAUAUUGAUUGACAGAACAAAUAUUAGCCAACUAUUUUUGAUAAUCAUACAUUGUCUUGCAAAAAUGGUUUUAAAAAAAUGCUCUUUUCAGUCUCUCCAAUAUGGAGAUGUUCUGCUUGUCUCUGUUUUAUAUUUGACUAAACUAUAUAUAUUUAUGUUUUUGGACUGACGAAACAAGAUAUUUAUAGGCAACACCUUUGAGAAACUCGGAUGCACAUUUUUAAGUUUCAGAUCUAACGAUUAAUUGUUUUUAAAUAAAAAAUGAUAGUAAUGGUCUAUUGCAGCCCAGCACCAUGUAGAGAUAAAACCCUCAAUUUGGAGGCUGUCUUAAAAUCUGUGUGCAGGUUACUCAAAUGAAAACAUGGUUGAAUGAAAUGGAUUGUCUUGUGUGCAUCUUAGAGUUAUAUGUGAAGAAAUUGUACUUGAAUUUUAAAAUAAAUAUUUCCACAUGAAAUCAA